AUGCAAUGUUCGCCGCGUACCGAAUCUCCCUCCCCAAUCAAUCGCAGUUUCGCAAACGCCCCAACGCCAAUUCAGCCAGCCCAAAACGGCGCCCAAAAAAGCAACCGGAUCCAACCACGACCGCCCAUCCGCUUCAUGGCGUGGAUUUCGCACCACUCACCACGCGCUCUAAUGCCUGGCCAGCGCUCCUCGGCAUGGUCUGAUCAGCUCCCGAAGCGCAAAUGCGGCCCGACCAAAGAACCUCCCGUUACAGUCCAUCGAAUCGACCGGCCCGGUACAAGAACUCCCAACCUAACCCCCGCAGUCCCGAACUGUGGCUUGCUGUACCACGGACCACACGCUUACCACGACACAGCACCUGCUACAGACGCACAAGACUCACAGGAAUGGAACUGCUUACGGCCUGCGGUGCCGUCGUAUCAAGAGGCGAAUGUGCCUGCCUGCCUGCCUGUCUACCUGCCGUGCCGCAACACGGCACAUGAAGGAUUGCAGCAAGCCGAGGAAUUCAUCGGGAUCGCCUUUCUUGUCCCGAAGGGGACCCAAACCUCCCAGGUGCUCCAUCCAUCGCGCGCAAGCAGCGGAGAAAGCCGGAAAAAAGUAACUUAA